GGCAGCCGGUCUGCCGGGGAGGGACACAGAAGCCUUGCUAUAAAGUCAUUUACUUCCACGACGCUUCUCGAAGACUGAACUUUGAGGAAGCCAAGGCAGCCUGCAGGAGGGAUGGAGGCCAGCUGGUGAGCAUCGAGUCCGAGGAUGAGCAGAGACUGAUAGAAAAGUUCAUUGAAAACCUCCUGGCGUCUGACGGCGAUUUCUGGAUCGGGCUCAGGAGGCGUGAGGAGAAACAGAGCAAUGGCACAGCCUGCCAGGACCUUUAUGCUUGGACCGAUGGCAGCACGUCAACAUUCAGGAACUGGUACGUGGAUGAGCCUUCUUGCGGCAGCGAGGUCUGCGUGGUCAUGUACCAUCAGCCAUCGGCACCUGCUGGCAUCGGGGGCCGCUACAUGUUCCAGUGGAAUGACGACCAAUGCCACAUGAAGAACAAUUUCAUUUGCAAAUAUUCUGAUGAGAAGCCAACAGCUCCUUCUACAAAGCCUGGAGGUGAAGGAACAGAGCCAGCAACACCUAUGCUUCCAGAAGACACAAGGAAAGAAGAUUCCAGAGAGACUUUUAAAGGAAACAAAGAAGCUGCCUUAAAUCUUGCUUACAUUCUACUCCCCAGCAUCGUCCUUCUCCUUGUGGUCAUCACAGUUAUGUGUUGGGUUUGGAUCUAUAGAAGGAGGAAAGGGGAGCAGCCAGGCCCCAGCGCGAAGGAGCAGCACACCAUCUGGCCCUCUCCUCAUGCAGGGAACAGCCCAGACCUAGAGGUUUACAACAUCAUUCGAAAACAAAGUGAAGCCGAUUUGGCUGAGACCCGGCCAGACCUGAAGAACAUUUCAUUCCGAGUGUGUUCGGGAGAAGCCACUCCCGAUGACCUGUCUUGUGACUAUGACAACGUGGCCGUGAACCCAUCCGAAAGUGGAUUCGUGACUCUGGCGAGCGUGGAGAGUGGCUUUGUGACCAAUGACAUUUACGAGUUCUCCUCAGACCGAACGGGGAGGAGCAAGGAGUCUGGAUGGGUGGAAAAUGAAAUAUAUGGUUAUUAGGGCACAUGAAAAACACUUGAACAAAUGGAAAUGGGAACGAAAAGAGGAGCAAAACUCUCCUAUUUUCUGUGAGGAAAAGAGAAUGUGUAUGAAAAUGCUCAGUUCAGGUCUUGGGGGUAAGCAUGUCACCCCCAUUAGCCCCUGUUGGAUCCCCAAGUUUGGCCAAAUCCCCAACCCCAGCUUCUCACCCAGAUCAGCCUUAUGAGAAAGCACCUUGCCCACGGUCAGGCACAUAGUAGAAAAUAAAUGUCAAUCGAUUGGUUCUAACUGACUUUCAAGGGAGAGUGACUUCCCUGGCAGGGAUAAGUUU